AUGGAGCACACUCAAGGUGCUAUGGCAACGGGGGCUUCUGUGAAGGUGGCGUUGCAGGUGGCGGAGGUCCUGGAAGCCAUCGUGAGCCGCUGCGUGGGGCCCGAGGGGCGUCAAGUUUUGUGUACGAAACCCACCGGCGAGGUGCUGCUGAGCCGGGAGGGAGGCCGCCUCCUGGAGGCGCUGCACUUAGAGCAUCCGAUAGCCAGGAUGAUGGUGGCAUGUGUUUCCAGUCAUCUAAGGAAAACAGGAGAUGGUGCAAAGACAUUUAUUAUCUUCCUUUGCAAUUUGCUCCGAGAACUAAAUGCAGUGACAGACAAAGCAAAGGAUUCUUUGAUUUCCAAAAAUAUUCAGACCCACGAAAGGCAUUGGAAAAAUUGCUGUCAGUGGAAAUUUAUUUCCCAAGCUCUUCUGACUUUUCAGACAACAGUAUUAGACUACAUUAUGGAUCAAUUCUUAAGUAAGCACUUUUUGUCCAUCUUCUCUUUAUCCACUAAAGAAAGAACAUUGUGUAGGAGCUCCUUGUCAUUGCUUUUAGAAGCUUACUUUUGUGGGAAAGUGGGAAGAAACUGUCACAAUUUUAUUUCACAGUUGAUGAGUGGCUACUUUUUCAAGUGCACAUCUGGUGAAAGUGGAUUUGAGGAAGUGUUACAGUUAGUGGAUGACUGCUUUGUAGAGCUGAACGUUGGUGUAACAGGCCUGCCUGUUUCAGAUUCCAGGAUUGUAGCAGGGCUUGUGCUGCACAGAGACUUUUCUGUGUACCGUCCAGCAGAUGGUGACAUACGGAUGGUGAUUGUAACAGCAACCAUUCAGCCUUCUUUUUCAACUUCUGGAUCCGAGUUUCUUUUUAGUUCAGAAAAACAGUUUCAGACUUCUCAGCUUUGGAUUAUGCAGAAGACGGAAGCAAUAAUGCAAUAUUUACAGAGUCAGAAUGUAAAACUGAUUUUAUCUAGUGUGAAACAAUCAGACUCGGUUAUUUAUUAUGCAGGGCUAAAUGGCAUAUCAGUGAUAGAGUGCUUAUCCUCUGAAGAAAUUUCUCUUAUCCAAAGGAUCACAGGUAUUAUUCCAUUUGUACUACAGCAGAGCUCUUCACAGUGUGAAAUUGCUAACACUGCUCUGGUGAAAUUUUGCAAGUCCUUUAUCCUCAGAUCCAAAAGGUAUGUUCAUCUUGGCUUGAGUAGCACAUGUUCGUUUAUACCACACUCUAUAGUUCUUUGUGGACCCGUGCAGGGUGUUGUUGAGCAACAUAAGAAUGCUUUACAUGGGGCUUUUAAAAUGCUUCAGCAGUUAUUUAAACAAGUUGAUCUAAGUUAUGUAACACAUAUGAGCGACCAGAAUUAUGUAUCAAGUUCUUUUAUUCAUAAGAAUAGUAGAGAAAGCAGUAAGCCAUCUGAAAUUACUAAUGACUCCAUACAAACACUAUUGGAAGAUACUGCCAGAAGUAACAUGGACAAACUGAAAAAAAUUCAAACAAACUUUGAAGUAUAUUCAAAUGAGGUAGUUCCAAGGAUAGAAUUAGAAGCAUAUAAUCCAGGUUCAGCAUCAAAAGUGACAUCAACAGAUUCAUACAGGAGUAAUGAAACACUGCAGUGUUUAUCUCCAAACAAAACCAGGAUUAUUAACAACCUUGAGCUACUUAUUGAGAGUCCUUCUCUUGCUAGUUCAACAACAGAAAAUACUAGAACAGAAAUUUUUCUUGAAAAUUUACAAACCACAGAAGUUACUGAAAAAGAGAGCCUGUUGCCUCUUUCAUUUCCAGUGAAAUCUGAGUUACUGGAGGAGUAUCCUUCCCAGAAUUACAUUUUCUCAUCUAUACCAGCAGGUUGUGUUUUGCCAGUGGGUGGUAAUUUUGAGCUCUUGUUACAUUACUAUCUUCUUAAUUAUGCUAAAAAAUGCCAGCAGCCAAGAGAAACCAUGGUUGUUAGUAUAAUAGCUAAUGCACUUUUAGGCAUACCCAAAAUCCUGUGUAGGUCUCGGAAAAGAAACCACAGUUUUCCACAAAUGUAUAUAAGAGCUCUUCAUGCACUGCAGGUCAACGAACCAAUGGUAAGCAGCCAGACAGGUUUGGAAUCAGUGGCUGGUAAAUAUCAGUUAAUUAAUUCAGUUCUUCAGUGUUUGACAAAAAUUUUGACCAUUGAUUUGAUAAUUAAUAUCAAGAGACAACCUCACAAGAUCAAUGAUCAAGAUUCAGAAGAUGAAUUAUGAAAU